GUGGAGUGUAGCUACAUGGUUGAAAUGGUGGAUGAGUUUGUGAUAUUAAUAAUAAGAACUCUGAGUGAUCGUGAUAAAGAUGAAUUACAUGCCGGGAACAGCGAGUCUGAUUGAGGAUAUCGACAAAAAGCACCUCGUUCUGCUCCGAGAUGGAAGAACUCUGAUCGGGAUCCUCAGAAGUAUUGAUCAGUUCGCUAAUCUGGUGCUGCACCAGACGGUGGAAAGGAUCCACGUGGGCAAAAAAUUCGGAGACAUUCCUCGAGGGAUCUUCGUCGUCCGAGGGGAAAACGUGGUCCUACUGGGAGAAGUAGAUCUGGAUAAGGACUGUGAUCAGAUCCUGCAGAGAGUUUCCAUCGAGGAGAUCCUGGAGGAGCAGCGGGUCGAGCAGCAAGCCAAGCAGGAGUCGGAGAGGCUGAAACUGCAGGCCGUGAAGGAGCGAGGUCUCUCCCUGCCUAAAGCGGACACGUUAGAUGAUUUCUGAACCUUCGUUUUGAUCCUCUUCACCCUCUGUUUUCAGUUGUACUGUGUUUAUGUUUGGGGUGAAGCUGCGGCGCGCUUUACGUGUCUCGACCACGUAAACGUGCCCUUUCUAUCAAAGAAAGAAAGAAAGAAUGAAAAGCGUCACGGUGUGACGUGACGGUGAAAGUUUUUGUUUUACAGUCGAUCCAGAUCAGCUGCACCUUCCCACCAGGUUUUCAUUCCGUCGUCAUCGGGAACGGACGGUAGAACCAACAGAAGCUCUUAGCCUGCUGGAACGUCGUGUUUUCAUUUCUGUUUUCUUAGUAAGUUGCGUAAAAGCGUGUUGUAGUACGCGGAAGAUGUUUACGUUCUAUUAAACCUAUUUUGUACGAA